AUGAGUUACACUGGCAUAGAUCAAGAUUCUAGUGGAGACUGUUCUGGUAGAAACUGCAGUUUUUCUGAUAAUAAUGGAGCUGUGCCUAAAUUUAAGUUUCCAGCACCUCCUAGGAUUUCAAAAAGUGCAAACAAUUCGUUAAACUCUUCGUAUUCAGACAGUUCCCAAUCUACCAGCGAUGGCAUUAGAUUCAACAGAAGCUAUAACAUAUCCAAAAAGAGACAUAAAGCCUCAACCCGACAUUUACCCCCUUUGGGUAUAUACUGGGACAUUGAAAAUUGCCAGGUACCUAAACAUAAAAGUGCAACAGCUGCCGUGCAAAAAAUAAGAGAAGUAUUUUUGCAGAAUUAUAGAGAGUCUGAAUUUGUAGUUGUCUGUGAUGUUAAGAAAGAAAGUCCUCAGAUUGUACAGGAAUUGCAUGAUGCACAAGUGAUGUUAGUGCAUGUAUCCUCAAUUUCGAAGAAUGCUGCUGAUGAAAAGUUAAGGCAAUCACUGCGAAGGUUUGGGGAGCUACAUCCACCACCUUCUGCAGUUCUUUUAAUUUCUAGUGAUAUAAAUUUUGCAGCAGAUCUUGCUGACUUGAGGUAUAGAAGGAAAAUCAGGGUUAUUUUAGUACAUAAUGUUAAUAUAGCAGAUGCUCUAAUAUUGUGUGCAAAUGAGCAUCAUUUAUUUUGUCAAUUGAUGAAAGAUAUACCAGCUUGUACAACAAAGUUUUUCAGUCCAGGUCCUGUGUAUGUAACUGUUACCAAUUUACCUAAACAUGUGGAACAUCUAAGGAUUAGGAACAGAUUAAAAGUUAUAGUGGAAAAUUGUGGUGGGAAAAUAUUUAAUGUGAAGUCCAUUGAUGGAACAGCAACUGUGAAGUAUACUACUUUAGAUAAUGCAACCAGGGCGCAAAGAAGAAUCCACGGAGAAGAUGUUUUUUGGAAAUAAAUUAAGAGUUUCUCCGGCAAUAAGAAACUUUUCAGGUCACACGAUCAAAUAUGCAGAUCAAUCUUUUCAUUCUUAUGAUAUGCCUCCUCCCCCACCGCCAGGCUUCACACCAGAUUCUUACUUUAAUGGGAACAGUAACAAAGAUACAAGGAAGCCCCUUCAGAAUUCAAGCAACCAGCAAGUCCAGCAGCUGGUCGAUGCUUGCGCCUUCAGACCCAUCAGGGGCGCUUCGAGUGUAUCACCAAUGGAUGUUUGCUACGACAGUUCGUGGUGGAACAGAAGGGGUCUAGAGCGCAAGUCGUCCCAAGAUCAAUUAUUGAAUGCUGUAAGCAAUCUUCCUACCCGUAGUCACAAGAAUAGCGGAAGUUCAGAAUAUACCAGCGAUGAACAGAAAACGGGAUAUUCCAGUGAGAGUGACGUUAAGAGUUUACAAUCCAACCAACCAGUAGAUUUAGUAAUUUCUAAUUUAGACCCAACUAUAGAACCAAAGGAACUCAAAAGACUGCUUACAAAUAUGCUCAAAGAGUAUGCUAUGAUACUAAGCUUAAAUAUUACAGUACAAAACGAUGGUAUGCCCAUAGCAAACAUCAGGGUAAAUGGGCAAAGAGAAGCCCAGUUUACAAUCUCACAGUUGCAUAGGCAAAAGUUAGGACACAAAAGAAUUAUCAUAUCCUACGCGCAGAGUUCGUCGCCGUAUCCUGAAGAACUUAGAUCUAUGGUUAUAGAACUAUUACAGGAAGUACCUGAUCAAUGCAUGCCCCUAUUUAAAUUCAUAAAUUUAUUGGAAUCACGUUAUCACUGUACCGUAUCAGUAUCAGAAGUUAACAAACUAAAAGACAUUUGUAAGAUAACAGACUGUCUAGGAUCUAGGAUAAUAUCAUUAAACCAAGAAGUUAAGACGUCUCCUCCUCCAAAUUUAUCCAGGACAUUUGUUCAGUACUGCACGAUACAUUGUCCAAAUGGUGUUCAGAGCCGAGGUUGGUGUGAGUUAAGUGUAAUUCAGACGCCAAAUAUUAAAAUGUUACUAAAAGUAUUCGCAAAUAAGCUUCUAGUACUAUUAAAAUUACAUUUGGGUGUGAUGCAUCUUCUCAGCUUUCAGGCGUGCUACGAACAAGAGUUCCAUGAGCCGUUGCCAGUAUACGAUGGAGGUGUGCCGUUGGAGCAUCUCGUUACCUGUGUACCAAAUAUAGAAAUAAAACUCGUAGGACCAAAUAAAAAUAUUAAGAUUAUUAGAUAUCUUGACUCUACGACCGAAGAAACUGAUGAAGAUUCAGUGCUAAAAUCUGUUCCACCUCCGCUUGCACCAAAUAUAAGUCUUUUGUGCCGAGAACUAAUAGAUCUUUUGAAAACCCAAGAACGAUGUCAGUUACUCAUGAGCAAAUUCAUUCCGGCAUAUCAUCACCAUUUCGGAAGACAGUGUAGAGUUGCUGAUUAUGGAUACACCAAAUUGUUAGAUCUUUUUGAAUCGAUUCCACAUGUUAUACAGAUACUCGGCGAUGGCACCAGACGCGCCAUAACGCUUUCGCACUCUGCUCAAGUGCGCCGUUUCACCUCGGAUCUCCUGCGCGUCCUCAAGGUCCAACCUGCCAAACAAAUAUCCCUGACUGACUUUCCCUUGGCGUACGAAAAAGUGAUCAACAAACCAUUUAACGCAUUCGAAUACGGACUGUGCACCUUUGAAGAUUUACUACAAGAAAUUUCUGAGAAUACGGUAGUUGUCAGUCAGAAUGAAAACGGGGAGUUCGUUAUAGCAGUGCCCAAGAGAGAACAAACUGCCGAGGAGAUCAUGAGAACCAAACAGUUCGCUGCAGAGGUGAUCGAUUUGCUUCGCCAUUCUCCUUAUUAUACGAUGUUCUUCAACAAAUUCGUCCCAGCAUACCACCACCACUUCGGACAUCAAUGUAAAGUAUCAAACUAUGGUUUUACCAAAUUGAUAGAACUCUUCGAAGCCAUACCAGAUAUAGUGAAGAUCGAAGAAUUACCCGACGGAGAAAGAACUGUCAGUUUAACAUUACCUCAGGCUCUGAAAGUAUUAGGAUUUCAAAUUGUACAAUUAAUCAAAUCGUUACCACAGACGUCCCUUCUUCUAAACGAUCUGCCUAAAGUAUACCUAGCGGAAUAUGGUUACCCUUUAAAGCCACAGUUGUAUGAAUGUAUAUCAGUCUCGGAGGUGUUAACGAAAAUUUCAGAUUAUGUUCAGAAUGUUAUUUACUUUCAGGUCAACAACAGCAAUGCUGGUUUAUUGCUUGUUGCGAUUGAAGUAGACACGAUUCCCAGUGUUCUGACGGUCAGAUCUUGGGCAUUACUGCUGAAGUCUCCACAUUGUCUAGAUCUUAGUACCUUCCGGUAUGAGUAUCAGUCGAGGUACAACAGCAGCUUCUCAAUGGAUGGACUACAACAGAUCGGGAACGUAAUUUCGCUAUCAUUAAACAAUGAUGCAAACUACAUAUCCUUGACGAACUUGUACGUCCUGGCAGCUCAAUUGUAUCACGUCCUCUACAAGAACGGCGGCAGCGCCCUAUAUUGCAACAUAGAAAAGUUAUAUCAAGAUUUCUACGGGAAAGCUCUGAAGCUGAGUUCGUACCAAAUUUAUUCAAUAGACGAUUUCUACAAUCACUACAACCUCAUGUUUUUCAUCAGAAGCAGCAAAAAGAAGACUGUGGUGGUACUCAAUAGAAAUCUAGCUGAGCAUUUCGUAUCUUUGCCACCGUCCAUGUUCAAGCACAACGACGCGGUGGGUAAGAGAGACAGUCCCAAUAAUUGGCCCCCACCUCCUCCACUAGAGAUGGUACCAACAAACAUCAAGCGAUCUUGUCCUCCUAAGCCUGAUACUCCACCAACACCGGAUAGCAAUCCUUGGAACGUUUGGGCGAUCAAUUCUCCGUUCGAGAGUCGCUUAAACCUGUCGAUACAAAUGCCCAUCAUUCAUAAUCCACAGCUGUUGGGCAAUCCUGAUACUUUGAUUUCACCUGCGCGCCAUCUAUUACCGCCCGUGAAAUAUCUGUGGAAUGGAAUCAUGCCGUCCAUAUCUUCUCCGGACCCGUCGGAUUUACCGAUGCCGGAUAAACUGAUGCUUAAAGGUGGAGUUGCAGAUGAUUCACAAGAUUCUGGUGUUAACAUAAAACUGGAUAAUUCUCCUUCAGAUACAGAAAACGAUGCUGCUACUUCUACAAAUUUAGGUGAAAAUGGAAAACCAUCCUUUGCAACUUUCCUAAACUUUAGUAGUUAA